ACAGUGAUUUGAUAGAAAACCUCUCCAAAAGCAAAAAGCCCAAGCUGGACCUGGUUUUUGAGGAAUGGGAUGUGGCUGGGCUGCCGUGGUGGUUUUUAGGGAAUCUCAGAAGCAAUUACAAAUCCAGGAGUAACGGAUCCACGGAUAUUCAGACUAACCAGGACAUCGACACUGCCAUUGUUUCAGACACCACUGAUGACCUGUGGUUCCUCAAUGAGUGUCCCCUGGACCAGGGCGCUGCUGGGCUCAAGGUGGAAGUGCUGGACUGUGAGGAGGUGACAGAAGGUGACACCAAGGUGCCUGAGGAUGUGUGCUUGGAUGAGCUGGAGGAUUCCCAGCGCCUCAGUGAUGACACGGACACAGAGGCUGCUUCUGAGGAUUGCUGGCAAUGCUCCAAAUGCAAGAAAUUCAACUCUCCAGGGAAAAGGUACUGCUUCCGCUGCUGGGCCCUGCGCAAGGACUGGUACAGGGACUGCCCCAAACUGCCCCAUUCCCUGUCCCUUUCCAACAUCAACUCCAUGGAAAAGCAGGAGCAGGAUGAAGGCAUGGACGUCCCAGACUGCAGGAGGACGAUCUCAGCCCCGGCUGGCCAACCCAAACACGUUUUCCUGGGAGAAACCAAACCCCACGUGGAUCCGGGCGGCUCCAUGGAGGGGAAAAAUGGAGAUUUUGGCAAGCUGAAGAAAGAGGAGGAGGAGGAGGAGGUGGAAUCUUUGGAGAGCAUCAAAACCCUGCUGAGUCCCUGCUUCCUGUGCCAGCACAGGCCUCGGGAUGGGAACAUUGUCCACGGAAGGACUGCUCACCUGGUGGCCUGCUUCAGGUGUGCCAGGAUGCUGAAGAAGAAGAGAUCGCCGUGUCCCGUGUGCAGGAAGGAGAUCAAGAUGGUCAUCAGGAUCUUCAUGGGGUAGGGCCCCGAAAGUAACCCCAAAAUUUGGAUUUUUGCACUCAAACCUCCAUUACAAUGUGUGCAAAAAGGAGAUCAAGAUGGUCAUCAGGAUCUUCAUGGGGUAGGGCCCUGAAAGUAACCCCAAAAUCUGGAAUUUUUGCACUCAGAUCCCAAUUUCGUUGUGUGCAGAGAGGAGGUCGUCAUAAAAUAACACCAAAAUUUGGAUUUUUGCACUCAAAUCCCAAUUUCAGUGUGUGCAGAGAGGAGAUCACAAUGGUCAUCAAGAUCUUCAUAACCCCAAAAUUUGGAUUUUUGCACUCAAAUCCCCAUUACAGCAUGUGCAGAAAGGAGAUCAAGAUGGUCAUCAGGAUCUUCAUGGGGUAGGGCCCCGAAAGUAACCCCAAAAUCUGGAAUUUUUGCACUCAAACCUCCAUUACAGCAUGUGCAGGAAGGAGAUCACAAUGGUCAUCAAGAUCUUCAUAACCCCAAAAUCUGGAAUUUUUGCACUCAAAAAUCUAUUACAGCAUGUGCAUGAAGGAGGUCAUGAUGGCCAUCAGGAUCUUCAUAAAAUAACCCCAAAAUUUGGAUUUUUGCACUCAAAUCCCCAUUACAGCAUGUGCAGGAAGGAGAUCACGAUGGUCAUCAGGAUCUUCAUGGGGUAGGGCCCCGAAAGUAACCCCAAAAUCUGGAAUUUUUGCACUGAAAUCCCAGUUUUGGUGUGUGCAGAGAGGAGAUCACGAUGGUCGUCAUAAAAUAACUCCAAAAUCUGGAUUUUUGCACUCAAACCUCCAUUACAGUAACUGCAGGAAGGAGAUCAUGAUGGUCAUCAAGAUCUUCAUAAAAUAACCCCAAAAUCUGGAAUUUUGCACUCAAACCUCCAUUACAGUAAGUGCAGGAAGGAGAUCAUGAUGAUCAUCAAGAUCUUCAUAACCCCAAAAUCUGGAAUUUUGCACUCAAAACUCUAUUACAAUGUGUGCAGAGAGGAGAUCACGAUGGUCAUCAGGAUCUUCAUAAAAUAACCCCAAAAUUUGGAUUUUUGCACUCAAAUCCCAAUUUCAGUGUGUGCA